GGUUUCCGCCAACCUCCACAGCUUUCCGGCCCCUGCUGGUCCUCUCCCUUUAGCCUGCCGAGAUGGCCUACACCUACCUACCUUAUCCAAUGGCAAGCACCCAGAGGUCAUACCACCGGCCCCUGGCGGCCGUCGCCGCGACGGGAUGCGACGCUGCUACUGCCCGCCCGUUGCGGCCAUCCAUGCAUACAUGCACGGCUUCGUUCCAGAGCCACGGCCUCGGGUCGGCCUGUUUGUCGCUCGUGUCCCAUCAAUGAUGCGCGGAGCGUUUGUCGAGAAUCACUGAGCUUACUGCGCAACCAUGAGCUGGCAAACGCAGCUGCUCUCGCUCGCGGCGGCAGGGCUUGCCUAUCUCGUCUUCACGGCCAUUCAGCGACUCUACUUCAGCCCGCUGGCUGCGAUCCCCGGUCCCAAAUGGGCUGCGUUGUCGCUGUGGAACGAGUUCUACUACGACGUCGUCUGCCGAGGCACUUUUAUGUGGAAAAUCCAAGACAUGCACAGAGCAUAUGGCCCCUGCGUCCGAAUCAACCCCUACGAGGUUCACAUCCUCGACCCCGACUUUUACGACGAGCUCUACGUCAACACGAAGCGACUUGACAAGUACAGGUGGUGGACAAAUCUCGCCGGCGCAGACGGGAGCUCCUUUUCCACAAUCACCCACGACCAGCACAAGCUCCGGCGCGGCGCACUUAACCCCUUCUUCUCCGCCCGCUCCGUCACCAGGCUCGAGCCCUUGCUCAGAUCCAAGAUCGACAAGCUUUGCGCCCGCUUCGAUGGCUUCGUCGAGUCGGGCGAGGUGUUGCGCCUCGAUGCUGCCUUCAUGGCCCUCACCAUGGACAUCAUCUGCGACUACGCCUUUUCACACGACCGCAAGUACCUCGACGAGCCCGACUUCAAGCUGCUAUGGAAGCAGACCAUUAUCGGCGCCUUCGAGGGCGGCGCCCUAGGCAGGCAAUUCCCCUGGAUGCUGCCCAUAAUGAAGCGUCUCCCCCUCUCAGUGGUCUCGGCAAUGAACCCGUCGGUGGGGCACCUGUUCAGCUGGCAGGCCGUCGUCAAGGAGCAGGUCAAGCCUAUAGUGGAACGCGUCGACGACAUCACCUUGUCGGGAGACAAAGAUGCCUCAGCCAAGACAAUCUUUCACACGCUUCGUGAUAGCGACCUUCCUCUGGAGGAGAAGACCUCGCAGCGGCUGUGUGACGAAGGCGAGAUCGUAACAGGGGCCGGCUCCGAGACGACCGCUCAAACUAUCACACGCAUCAUGUUUUAUCUCAAACAUGUGCCGCAGACGCGGGAGAGGCUGCGAGCUGAGCUCGAUAGUGCGAUGUUGAAAACAACUGCGACUCCCUCGUGGACUGAGUUGCAGCAACUUCCGUAUCUGGUACGUUUCUACCUCCAGUAGUUACCAAAAGGCGCUGACCAUUGCAGAGCGCUGUUGUUAAGGAAGGUCUACGCCUAUCGUACGGGACCACGACCCGGCUCCCUCGCAUCGCACACGAGGACAUUCGGUACAAAGAAUACGUCAUUCCAGCAGGAGUGAGUGCCAAUGAACUGACCUGCCAACAAGUGUCUAAUAGCUCCACAGACCCCCAUCUCAGAGACGCCGUAUUUUGUCCUCAUGCACCCAACCAUCUUCCCAGACCCCACGACCUUCAAACCAGAGAGGUGGCUAGAGCCGUCCGCAAAGGACGUGAAGCUGGACAGAUAUCUCGUUUGCUUCGGCAAAGGCAGUCGCCAGUGCUUGGGCUUGAAUCUUGCCUAUGCCGAAAUAUACCUCACGAUCGCGGCUGUCGUCCGCCGAUUUGACUGGGACAUGUACGAGACCACCCUGGAUGACAUUGUCUGCAAGCACGACUUUUUUGUAGCGGUUGCCAGCCUGGACAGCAAGGGCGUUCGUGCUAUACUGUCCUCGAGAAGGCCCUAGAUAGACAAACUCCGGGUCGAAGCACAUUGGCUGUGGCUGGGCUGGCAACAUCCAGGCAACCAAUGCGUGACGACCACGACGGUGACGCAGCGUUCAAUGAGAUUUAUUAUGACUGACAUGGCACCCAGAACGGGCUUUUUUAUUGUCUUCGAAAUGAAUGCCGGUCCGUUG